CUCACCGGGUAUGUCUACAAUGUACAACAUCAAUAAUUUGUCUAGUAUUAAUAGUAAUGGCCUGCUUAUAAAAACCUUAUGUUCACAACCUGUUAAUAAUGACAAGACACGGUUAUACAAUAUUGUGGACUAUAUAAUAUUCGGAAUCACGUUUUUCAACAAACUAACAAGAUGCUUGCAAUAAAGCAUUUACCAAUGUUGAAUAUGUCAAAUAUAUUAAAAAGCCUACACAUGUAUAGAUUACAGUCUUACAAAACAGUGAUAUAGCUAAUAGAAAUAUCGAUCCCAUCUUAAUUUUUCUUCAAUGAAAAGAUGAGUGUCCUACUUAAUUUGACAAGUUCAUCCUUCAAUUAAUGAGGGAUAGUAGGCCUAUUUCAUACAUUGGAAUAACGAAAGAUAUGAACAUUCAUAUUCAAAAACGUCUUAAUUGAAACGUACGCCUGAAAAGGUAUUUUCUUGCGUUGUAUAGCCUAUACAACUGUAAGAAAAAACAAUUAACUUCUAAAGGGCUUUGGGCCUUCACGUUAUCAUUAGCCUAUAUAAGAAAACACAGAAAAUUGACUGGUCCAAUAUUUUUUCACUACCAGGAUGUUCCAGGCAUACAUGCUUUAUUGUCAAAAUAACCAUGCGUGUGAUUUCACAGGCCUAAUAAUUAUACAGUAGCCUAGCCUACUGAUAUGCUAAAGAUGUAAAUCCAUCUUCUAUAAGCUAUUUCAACAUGCAGUUUUAUUAUUUUUCUAAGGACACCGCAUUCCAAAUUCAUCUUUGAAAUAUCCCGGUAGAAUAGAUUUAGCAGUGCGAAUCGUCAGUCAAAGCAAAAAAAAUAAAAAAAAGACAUAACCCCACGCAACAACCGUCAUCAAACCUGUCAUUCUUGUCGUCUUGUCUAAUAUUAGAUCAGGUACAGUCCUGAGGCCGUGGACAAUACAGACACACUAAUCUACAAGAAUAAAACAAAACAAAAAUAAGAGUAAACAAGAAUAAUAAACACGAGAAAAAUACAACAUAAAAUACAUGUUUUAUUCAAAACAAAUAAAUAAGCAAAACCCUGGCAUAUAUUAUAGCCUACCUACUGUAGCAUACAACCAAGCAGUCUAAAAUGAGCAGUUGAAGAAAAUCCGUUAAAAUUUCAAAAAGACAGCCUGAAAGAAAGCAGAAAAUGGCUCUCUCUCGCCAAUGCGUAGGUGGACUUCCGAUCCUCGAGACUAUUACCUUUAGUUUAAAUUGUAUAUAAAACCCGGGGAUUAAUUUGUUGUCGAUAAACUGGAGGCGGUGACGAAUCAGCGAUUGGACACCCUCGAUCACAUCCCUCCCUUUAUAAUUUCCCGAAGAGCGUCCGGGCUGUUAAACACAGAAAGACUCAGCCACCUCCACGACGCCCUCACACACACACACACACACACACAGACAGCACCGCGCACUUUCACAUGCGGAUCCAUAACUACAGCAGUGAUUAGAGAAAUAACAAAAACAAAGACGAGGUUGUUUUGACUACUGACGUGAGAGGGUGUAUUAUGGACUUUUGAUAAUUAUUCGCAAAUCGAAGGACAUACUUUUUCCAACUGCAGUUCAAUGCAAAAGCUUAUGCUUUAGACCGGUGAGAUUAUUACGCAUGUGCCCCAACAAGCAAUAGGCUUGGUUGGGUCUUUUGGAACAUUCUUUCUUCUUUUUAAUAGCGUUCUUUCUUCUCUAAUAUUGGCUCCCGUACAAACAGCCGCGUUGGAUCCGUCGGCUUACUGCGAGACUCCGGUCUACAACCCGGAUCUCUGCCCUAACAUGAUAGCCGCCCAGGCCAAGCUUGUGUACCACCUCAACAAAUACUACCAGGAGAAAUGCCAAUCACGGAAGGCGGCCAUCUCCAAGACCAUCCGGGAGGUGUGCAAGGUGGUGUCGGACGUCUUGAAGGAGGUGGAGGUGCAGGAGCCCCGCUUCAUCAGCUCUCUCAACGAGAUGGACAACCGCUUCGAGGGGCUAGAGGUCAUCUCCCCCACGGAGUUCGAGGUGGUGCUCUACCUCAACCAGAUGGGGGUAUUUAACUUCGUGGAUGACGGGUCUCUGCCGGGCUGCGCUGUGCUCAAGCUGAGCGACGGCCGCAAGAGGAGCAUGUCUCUCUGGGUAGAAUUCAUCACCGCCUCCGGCUACCUCUCUGCGCGCAAGAUCCGCUCCAGAUUUCAGACCCUAGUGGCGCAGGCCGUGGAUAAAUGCAGCUAUAGAGAUGUUGUCAAAAUGGUGUCUGACACCAGCGAGGUGAAGUUACGCAUCAGAGACAGAUACAUAGUUCAGAUCACCCCGGCUUUCAAAUGCACCGGGAUCUGGCCCCGCAGCGCAGCACACUGGCCCCUUCCGCACAUCCCCUGGCCGGGGCCCAACAGGGUAGCCGAGGUAAAGGCCGAGGGAUUCAACCUUCUCUCUAAAGAAUGCUACUCGUUGAACGGAAAACAAAGUUCGGCAGAGAGCGACGCCUGGGUCCUGCAGUUCGGCGAGGCUGAGAACCGCCUACUCCUGGGAGGCUGCAGGAAGAAAUGUCUGUCGGUCCUCAAGACGUUACGGGACCGGCACCUUGAGCUGCCUGGGACGCCCCUCAACAACUACCACAUGAAGACUCUGGUUUCUUAUGAGUGUGAAAAACAUCCACGGGAGUCUGACUGGGAUGAGAACAACCUCGGGGACCGUUUGAACGGGAUUCUAUUGCAGCUUAUUUCGUGUUUGCAGUGCAGGAGGUGUCCCCAUUACUUCCUGCCUAAUCUAGAUCUGUUCCAGGGGAAACCUCAUUCUGCUCUAGAAAAUGCAGCCAAACAGACCUGGCGACUGGCGAGAGAGAUUCUGACCAACCCCAAAAGCUUGGAGAAACUCUGAGGUAAAUGCGUGUUAUAGUGAAGGAGGGUCAGUGAGAGGCCUGGUGAUGUAUCAAAGAACUAUGGACAGAAAUGAUCACUGCACCUCUGUUUUAUUCACGGUCUUGUAAAAUGUGACUAUCCUCUGAUGAUGAAGACGUUUACUCUGAGAUGAUUUUUAUGACAUUUAGUCAAAUAUGACCCUUCUCUUAAUUCUAUUCUGUGAUGUCCUAAUUUAGGAGCAAAUUGUACCAUCAAUCCACAUUCAAGGUUAGGUUACAAUUCAGUGUUAAUCUUUCGUUAUUUCUCUCCAUGCCCACAGUUGUCUAAAUCGUUUAUUUGCUUAAAUGCUUUAAAAUAAAGCCCCCAUACAAGCCUUCACACAAUAUUUCUACUGUAAAUACAUUCAUAGGUUGUGAUUCCAGUGGUCUGAAAUGGUGAAUGUUGUUCUGUGACAUGUAAAUUUAGGAGUUCAAUUACACAUUUUAAAGUAAAACGCCUGAACAUUUUUUUUAUCUGGUAGAAAAUACAUUCAUUUAGUACAUUCAUUUCAGUAAUAGUCUGCUGUAUCUGUUGUCAGUGGACAUUUUCAAAUUUUGAAAGUUUACAUUUUGAUGGUACUAUUUGUUACAUUUAAAAAAAAAAAACAUUCCAUAAACAUACUUGAAUUCUUAUUUAAAGUAUACUCAAUCAUUUUUGUUUGUACCUUGCUUACAUGAUAAAACCUGAAAAUAAGAAAAUAUAUAUAAAUACAGUCUAAUUGAAAAGAAAAAAUGCACUUGAAAUACACUGGAUUAUAACAUUUGUGAUCUGAUUUUUAUUCCUGUUUCUGAAUUAAUUUAAAGAGUUAGCCUAAUAAAAACUAGCUAUGUAAUAUGUGUCCCAAUCAUGAUUCAUGAAAUGUAUAACUUAUAUUUUUGAAUCACAUAUAGGCCAUAUUUAUUGUCUGCACCAUACAUGGGUAUUUUAUAAGCCUAGUGUUUAACCCAUUUUAAAUUACGCAAAUAUAGUUUGUCAUUUUUCUAUUAGUUCCGGCUAUAAGCCUACCCUCCAUAUUGUAUCUAUCAAGUUGUCUACGUUAUAAUAAUAGGCUGUCUAAUUAAAAGCUUUUUAUAGGCUUAAGGCUGUUGGGAAAAACAAAUGUUUGAGAGGUACGUUUGGGGUUAGACAUAUUUCUAAUAUACAGUCCACACGAAGACUGCGCAAAAUCAGGUGUUUUGAACGCGUAAUUGUGCAAAUGUCUAGGUUACAAUGUUAGUAUUAGCCUAAUAGUACUAGUAGUUAUCCCAUGUCCAUACACAGUCGCUAUAUUUAUAAACAAUGAUAAUAUUGGUCUAAAAUCGAACAGACCUCGUAGGCUCUCGUUUGAUGACAUGUGUUUACAGGUUUUGAGCGGAUCAGAAUAUCAAUAAAUGUGUGAAAUGUUGUAGGCCUACAGGUCAGGUUCUCUCCAGAGGCUUGGGUAGGCUUAAGGCUCGUCUACAUCCUGGGACUGCAAAUGGCACAACGUCCCAAUUAGACAAAAUAUUCUAAAAUGCUCCACAAUCUCCUAAUGGUUGAAUUCUUGCACAUGGGUGAACCUGGAUAAUUAUUUUAAUCUCCAAAUCACAUUUUGUGUCUUGCAAAAGAAAGGAACCUGGGGUCUAUGCGUGCCCAGCCUAA